UUAAACAGCUGAAAGGAAGUAUCUGUUUUAUUUCUGCUUCCUAAAAUCACCAACACAGAAAACAGAAACAGGGUGUGUUUACACGAUCCGGGUGUGAGACAAGUCUGUCACGGUGGUAAACGGCAAAAGAGUGUCUAUGAUCACUGUAGUGGCAGACAAGAACAGCAUGCUUCCUCCAGUGUGUCAGAUCCUCAAAGCUCCCUGCUACAGUCCCACGGGCUGCUCUGCAAAGUCAGGGAUGAUGCAGACAGGUGUGACUGCAGUUCUCGGGACUAUACAGAUCAUGGUGGGCUUGUUCAGCAUUGGGCUCGGGCCGGGACGAACAAGCUUUCACCCUCAUGACUUUGCCCAUUUAGGAACUGCUUACUGGCUGGGUGGUGUGUUCCUCGUGUCUGGAAUCACCUGCGUCCUUGCUGGCUGGUUCUCCUCUAUUCGUUCAAUGAGAUUCGCUGUGUUCAUGAACAUACUGGGAUUCAUCUUCUCCAUCAUUGGUAUCAUGAUGUACAGCAUCGACCUGGGGGAAACCACAACCGCUGAUCAUUGUUGGGGCCCGGAUGAGGAAAGCUGUCAGUGGAUGGCACAGCUUUUCAACCGUUUGGUGUCAGCAAUGGACAUCACGAUGAUCAACCUGACUGCUCUCCAGCUGUGUGUCUGCGUCAUCUUUGUUGUUCUGGGCACCAAGGCUCUGAACAACAUGAAGACAGAAGAGGACGCCAAAAGUGCAGAAGAUCAGCUGCCACAACUGGAAAAAGUCCCCCUCACCAGUCCUGGGGCUUAAAACCAUUUUAAAUAAACACAAUGUCAUGAGUUUCUUCAUUAA